AUGAACGUCCGCGACCCCUUCAAUCUACACAAAAGUCCAGCUCUCAACGUCUUCAAAAUCACCGCCGCCCGCGCUGCCCAAAACAUCAAGGAGAAGGCAGUUGAGGCCGGAGCCAACGCGGCCAACGCCCUGAACGACAUCGACAUGGCAUUCAAUGUCCCCAAGAAUGUCCCUUCUUUCAGCAACCCGCAGCGACAACUGGAGGAUCGGUAUUGGGGCUCGGGCGCUGCGAACAGCAGAGCCCGCAACCAAGGCCUCUUCCAAGGAGUCCAGGGACGAGUCGAGGACCUCUUGGGCACAAAGGGCCAGCUUCCCAUGUACAAAGACAAGCCGUACUAUGCCUCGCGGAGGUGGCGACCCCUCUGGCGCAGGAAGCGCUCCAUAAUCGGCACCCUGCUGCUGCUCUUCACCGGCCUCUGGUGGUUUGGCUUCUUCUCCGAGGGGUCCAAGACCCGGCAAUCGGCGUCGCAGCUGACCAACGGAUGGCUGGGCUCGGCGGAGCCAGCAGGCAAGAAGGCGGACUGGACAAAACGACGAGAACGAGUUGUCGAGGCCUUCCAGCUCAGCUGGGAUUCCUACGAGCGCUACGCAUGGGGUUACGAUGAGUACCACCCGAUUGCGAAGACAGGCCGGCAGAUGGCGCCCAAGGGCCUCGGAUGGAUCAUCGUCGAUUCGCUGGACACAAUGAUCUUGAUGAACCAGACAUCGCGCCUGGCUCACGCUAGGGAAUGGCUCGCCACAGGCUUAACCUACGACCAGGACCAGGACGUCAAUACUUUCGAGACGACAAUCAGAAUGCUCGGUGGCCUUCUCUCAGCCCACUACCUCUCGAACGAAUACCCCGACCUAGCUGCCACAAAGGACGACGACCCCGGCCAGGCCGGCGAAGACCUAUACUUGGAGAAGGCGAGGGACUUGGCCGAUCGCUUGAUGGCCGCCUUCGACUCGCCGUCAGGAGUCCCGUGGGCCAGCGUCAACCUGGCUCAGUACAAGGGCAUCCAGUCGCACGCGGAUGGCGGUGCUUCCUCGACUGCCGAGGCGACGACUCUGCAACUCGAAUUCAAGUACUUGGCCAAGCUCACCGGCGAGAAGGACUUCUGGGACAAGGUUGAAAAGGCCAUGCAGGUUGUCGACGACAACGGUGCCCAAGACGGCCUGGUCCCCAUCUUCGUUUACGCCACGGACGGAAAAUUCAGGGGCGACAACAUUCGCCUGGGCUCCCGCGGCGACUCGUACUAUGAGUACCUGAUCAAGCAGUACCUGCAGACGAACAAGCAGGAGCCAAUUUACCUGGAAAUGUGGAACGAUGCCCUGGAGGGAGUUCGAAAGCAUCUCAUCACAUACAGCAAGCCUUCCGGCUUCACCGUCCUCGGAGAGCGACCCAACGGUCUCUCGAACGAUUUGUCUCCCAAGAUGGACCACUUGGUGUGUUUCAUGCCCGGGACGAUUGCUUUGGGAGCUACCGGGGGUAUUCCUGAAGCCGAAGCCAGAAGACUGCCGACGUGGAACAAGAAGAAGGACGCAGACAUGAAGCUGGCUCGCGAGCUCAUGCAAACCUGCUGGGGCAUGUACAAAUGGAUGGCAACUGGACUCGCCGCUGAAAUCACCUACUUCAACGUCGACAGCCCGCCGGCCCCUGCCUCUGCCUCCCAUAAUCCGCCUUCGACCUUCGACCCCGACCCGCACGCCAAGUGGCGCGAGGACUACGACGUCCACGCCAUGGAUGUCCACAACUUGCAGCGUCCAGAGACUGUUGAGAGCUUGUUCUACAUGUGGAGAAUCACCGGAGAUCAGAAGUACCGUGACUGGGGCUGGGAGAUGUUCAAGUCUUUCGUCAACUACACCUCGGUCGAGGACGGCGGUGGCUUCACCAGUUUGAGUAACGCCAACACAAUUCCCCCAGUCGUCCGUGACAACCUGGAAAGUUUCUGGAUGGCCGAGACUCUCAAGUACUUCUAUCUCCUCUUCUCUCCCAACGACCUGCUCCCCCUGGACAAGAUUGUCCUCAACACGGAGGCGCACCCCCUCCCUCGCUUCGACAUGGGCAAGCUUUUCAGCACGGGAUGGUCGCGCAAGCCCAGGGAAAACGGCAAGCUCAAGGUGCAGCCGUGGGCUUGA